AUGACCGAGAUUUUAACAUCACGUUACUCUGACCCAACAUGCGAACAGAUGCGGAAGCAUUUGUGCCAUGCGAAUAAAAUUGCGAAACGGGCGUUACAAUUCGGUCACCACCCAUUUGGUUGCGUGCUUAUCGCUCCAGAUAAUGAAACAAUUUUAAUGGAACAAGGAAAUAUUGAUACGGUGAAUCAUGCUGAAUCGACGCUUGUACGAAAUGCGUGUACGAAUUUUUCAUCGGAAUAUCUUUGGAACUGUACACUUUAUACAACGUUUGAACCGUGUGUAAUGUGUGCGGGGACUUUGUAUUGGGCGAAUAUUGGUCGGGUUGUUUAUGGUGCAACAGAAAAACGUUUGCUUGAAUUGACUGGUAAUGAUGAAAAGAAUCCUACACUGGAUAUUCCUUGUCGUUAUGUUUUUGAACAUGGACAGAAAAAUGUGAAAGUAUGGGGUCCGUUUCCUGAACUUGAGGACGAAUUAGUCGAACCUCAUAAAAAUUUUUGGAAACAAAUAAAAUAG